AUGACUAUUAAGCAAAUAUAUAUUGCCAGACAUGGCUACAGAGCCAAUUGGCUUCCUCCUCCACAUCCACCUAACCCUACUGGUAUAGACAGUGAUCCUCCAUUAGCACCACAUGGGGUUGAUCAAGCUAAACAAUUGGCUGCUUAUAUCACUUCACUUCCAACUGCAGAUAAACCACAAUACAUUUUGACCUCGCCGUUCUAUCGUUGUGUUGAGACUGCCCAUCCAAUUGCAGAAAUGUUGGAUUUGGACAUCGCUAUUGAACGUGGUUGUGGUGAAUGGUAUAAAAAAAAUCGUGGAGUUAUUCCAGCACCAGCUGAUUAUGAACAAUUAGGACAAUUCUUCCCUAAAUUAACCACCAAGGAAGUUUGGCACCGUGAUGAUACCGUUGGUGUCGUGCCUGAUUUGAGUGGUGAAACCGAAGAAGAUAUUUUUAAUAGAUGUAAAUUGUUUUGGUCUAAAUUUAUCCCAGUUUUUGAAUCAAAAUAUCCUGAGUAUGAAAAUGUUUUGAUUGUUAGCCAUGCAGCUACUAAGAUCGCUUUGGGUAUGUCCUUGUUGGGAUUCGAUGAUGUUUUCCAACAAAUUGAUAAUGAUGGUACUUAUCUUAGGGCUGGUGCUUGUUCAAUUGAUAAAUACGUUAAAGAUGGUGAUAGAUGGGAUUUAAGAAUGAAUGGUAACUGUGAGUUUUUAACUGAUGGUGAAGAAAUGAAUUGGACUUUCCAUUCUGCUUUCGAAGCUGGUUCCGAUGAAGAUAUUAAAGCUAGAAAAGAAGAAGCUGAAAGAAAAGAAGCUGAGAAAAAGGCUAAAGAGAAAGAACCUACUCCAGUAACAGAAACUGCUGCUGGUACUGAUGAAGAGAGUAAAGGUAAUUCUAAUAUUGAAUAUGAGGAUAUUUUUUUGACAGUUGAUAUUCCAUGGCUUAAUCAUAAUAUUUUUGAGCUGGGAGCAGAAAAUUCAAAUGCAUCUAAUGAUACUUCAAGGGGUAAACCAACAAGGCUAAAUGAUAAACAAGCAUCAACUGCAGCAUCACUGUCAUCGGCAAAGAAUAAAAGCACUCCUUUGUCCCAACGUAAUAUGAUUAGUGCAGGCUCACAAUUCCAAUUCACCAAUCUAGAUGGGGAUCAUCCAUUAAUUAAACUUAGUAAUAAUACUUCAUAUGGAUUAAGUAAUAACGAAGAUGAUCCAUACGUUGUGAAUCAGCUGUCAAUUGUCGACAAUCAAAUCUAUCAAACCAAUUGGGCAAGACUAGUUGGAACCGAUCUUAUCUUUGAUGAAUACGGAGAAUUAAUUGGGAAAGUUAAUGAACAUUUAGUUGGUGACCCCAACGUAAAAAUUAACGCCAAAGCAGAAAAAGAUAAAACUCCUGAUUCACCGCAAGGUAAGCAGGAAGGUUUUGCCCAAACGGCCUUCUUCAGAAAAGCAAUGAAAGCAGUGAGUGCCAAAAACCAAUCUAAGACCCCCGAUGUGGAUGUCGAAAUGUCCUAGUUGGCGGUGUAUAUUAUGUAUAGUAAAUUGUAUUUGUAUUUGCAACUAGAGUCGUAUUACUUCCAAAAUCAAAAUAUUCGAAAAGAUGGUUGGAGCCACCGUCAAUCUUUUAAUGCCUUGUCUUUUGUGUAUCAAGAACUAUAAAAUUAUAUCAUUACUCUAAGCUAUAAUUCAUAAUGAUCAAGUUUCUCGAACGGACCCUAUAAUAUACUGGUACCGGGGCCUGACUAGCUGCUCACUGUGAUACUUUCUGUCAUGAAUUAGGUGCCGUACAUUGUUCGUGGCCAUAGAGACAAUGGUGCUUGGAACUGGGAUACAUAAGAUAACUCACGAAUAGAUUAUCAAUUGCUGC